GAAUGUGCAUAUACAUGUCUAGCGUCGGUCGCGGCGCUUAGAGCGUAUCUCGUUUCGUCACAAGCGGUACAGCACGUUGCUGUUCGCUGUUUUGUUAUUACUUCAUUCAGGAAAUGACAACAAAUCAAAAAUUCCGUAUUUACUACUCCCUUUGAAUCAAUUAUUUUGUUGUGUUUGUACUUUUGUGGUAAAUCUACCAUAUCGUAUAGUUUUGAUCGAGUGGUGUGUGUGAGGGAACUUCUUGUUUUGUUAUUGGUUCUUUGCUGGUGCAUUUCCAUAGAAUGCGUGAAUCAUGACUCCCGGAGGUACUUCAAUGAACUUCAAGAGUUUCUCAGUCCACAUUCACUUAUUCAGUUUAUUUUCGAAUCGGAUUCUGACCAACAUCCGAUUUAUUCUUAGUGAAAACAUGUGUUUGGUUUAGUGAAUAAAUAAAAAUAAUAUCUAGUGCCAAAAAGUUUCUGAUAAUUAUUCAGUAUUAAUUCGUGUGUAGUGUUUAUGUAAAAAUAAAAUGUAAAUGGUACAAUGCCAUCAAAAAGGCAGUACGAUUUAGUGCAAAAUGACGAUUACGAUACGAGAAUUCCGCUGCAUCCCGAGGAGGCAUUCCACCAUGGAAUUACAUUUCAAGCCAAGUACAUCGGUAUGCUGGAUGUACCAAGGCCUACUAGUAAAGUUGAAAUUGUGGCAGCAAUGCGGCGAAUUCGAUACGAGUUUAAAGCCAAAGGGAUCAAGAAAAAGAAGGUGACAAUAGAAGUUUCCGUAGACGGGGUAAAAGUGACACUCAGGAAAAAAAGAAAGAGAAAAAACUGGUUGGACGAUGGAAAAUCGGUCAUCCUCAAUCAUCCGAUUUAUAGAGUUUUUUACGUGUCCCACGAUUCUCAAGAUCUCAAAAUAUUUAGUUAUAUAGCCAGAGACGGAUCCUCUAACGUAUUCAAAUGUGCUGUUUUCAAAUCUAGUAAAAAGAGCCAAGCUAUGCGUGUAGUGCGUACUGUGGGUCAAGCUUUCGAAGUGUGCCAUAAACUUUCGUUGAAUAAUCCCGAGCAGGAUCAAGACGAACAGGAUACGCUUACUCAAGACUUACUCAGCGAUCGUCUCAGUGAUAUAACUAGUGAUAAGCAAAAAAGAGACAUACUAUCAGAAGGUGCCAGUGACAGAAUGUCUUUACCCCCAGACGACUGCAGCUUUAGAGAUCUAGAAAAUUGUAAAAACUCUCGAAUUUCCACUCAGCUUGACAUACUACCACCGCCUCCAAAUACUAAUACUAAAAGUAACCUGAUGUCGUCUGCAGAGAUGUAUUCUUCACCUCAUAGCGAUGGUAUUACGACAGGUAGUGCAGAAAGUGGUGGAAGUUUACCUCCAGCAGGAAGCGCUCUUUCUACUCACCACGAGAUUCAACUAAUGCGAGAACAACUUGAACAACAAACGCAACAAACACAAGCAGCGUUAGCUCAAUUACAAUUAGCUAGAGAACAGUUAGCCGCCGAGCAGGCUGCUAGACUUGAAGCACAAGCAAGAACUCAUCAACUUUUGAUUCAUAAUAGAGAACUUCUGGACCACAUAGCAGCUUUAGUAGCUCAUCUUCAAGGAAAUGAAAAAUCUGGCCAGCAACCGACUCCUCCACAUAUGGCAAUGCCUCAACAGUCGAAUCAAAUGAGUCAAAAUGAAAACGCUGGUACUGAAGGCUACGACUACGCUGAUAAUCCAAUAUUAAAUCCACAUACUUUCAACAUGCCCUCAACGAUGGACAAUAAACCUUCAACAUCUUAUCUGCCACAAUCACCUAUUAGGAACUCGUUAAAUUCGGGAGGACCUAUAUUCAACUUUCCCUACGCCUUGGAGACUGCGUCUAUAGAAAACCAAUUAAUACAGAAAUUACAAGCUUUAAGUAAUUUCCAAAUUACUCAACCGCCUAAUCUAUACCAAUACCCAGUUUCUCAAUCAUUACAAUCUUUACCUUUUUUCCUACAGAAUAUUUACAAUCCACAAACCAUUAAUAAACCAUUUACCAUGCACCAUCCUCCUCUUUUUCCUAAUAAUACCCUUGGAAGACAUAGCGAACCGAAGCAACUUAACCCUACUUAUUUUCAAAAUCAGUCACCUCCCAGUAAAAAAGAAGAUUAUUAUACUCCACAAUAUGGAACUGUCAGACAGAAUUAUAAUAAUCCAACUAAUAGUGAGACUUAUCAGAAAAAGGAAACGGAGUCUCCAAUUUAUCAAAAAAUAAUUCCUAAAAAAGACACAGAAGUUAAACAACAACAGAACCAAAGAGAAACAAGUCCUAACCCUUUAUAUCAAACAAUUCUACCGAAGAAAGAAGUUUCCAACGAUAAACACAAACAAGUUCAACAUAAUGAAUCAUUACGAAGAGAAGCUACCCCGAAACCUUCAAAUAGUGGAACACAAAAUGAGAAAAAUUCUGUUUUCAUCAAACCCCAUUCCCAAGUGGGAACUCUAACUACUACAGAUGCUGAUGGGCGACUUAGAGUUAUAGUUCCAGUUUUAUCUAAUUCUACUAACGAUUUAAGUGAUUGUUUUAGUAAUUUAAGGACUGACGAUAGGUCUAACAGUACUUUAUCAAGGACCGGUAGUGCAAGGAAUCAUAAAAAUGUGCCACAGCAAACGAUAAUUUCAAGGCAUAAAAGCAAUUGAGUAUAAUUAAUUUCAGUUCUAUAGGUGAAGUUUAUUUUGAGUAUUUUUUGGGUUUGUGCAUAAAUCCAUUCAUAGUUGCCGUUUGACGUCGCCGUCUGCCGUUGGUGGCCUUCACAUAAACGAAUUUUUCCCGUCGGCAGUUUGUAAUAAAUUUCGUAGCAAUAAAAGAGAGCCAAUCACAUCCGUUUGUGUUUGUCACGUGAUUUUGACGUAUGACGUUAGAGCGUUAUGUCUGGGUUAUUUCCUUUUUUGUUUGUUUUUUAUGGUGGUGUUUUGGCUUUGUUUGUUUUCUCAUCGUUAUUUUCCGUAAUAUCGCCCAUAAAUACCGGAUUAGAAACAAAAACCCAAAAAUAUCACGAAAACAAAAAAGAAGUACACACGUCGAAACAAUAACAGAAUUUUUAGGUUAACGGCAGCAACGUCAAGUUUAUGAAUAACUGUCAAACGACAAACGUCACCCGGGAAUGGCAAAGGGAAAGUCAAGUUUAUGAAUCGGCAUUUAUUUGGUAACAUUUCUUGUAGACAAAAUCACUAGUUUGGUUCAAAUAGCCAAAAAAUCCUUUGGAAGUAAUAUUUGAUAAUUAAAACAUCUCUUAUUACAAAAUAUUCUAUAUUUGUCUUUUCACUUCUUCGACAUUUUUAAAUGUUUUUCGUGAUGAAUUUUCUCGAUUCUAGGUUUCUUUUUGUUAUUUCAUGAUUUACGUCUAUAAAUGUUAUUUCCUUCAUAAAACUUUUAUAAUUUGAAUAUACGUCCCAUCCCAAUAACAUUGUACGAUCAUUUGAACAGACCACUGUUACGCGCGCUUCUCUUAUUGGAGCCGCCAUUAAGUUCUGAGCUCGAGGCCAACCAAUCACGUUAACGACCGCUCGUGUCCAGACUUUUAUAUACAACGACUUUAAUGUUGUUAUGUGAACGCUCUCUUUUUUUAUUUUAUGCCAACUUGUUAUUUUUAUAUCUAAAUCUAUGUAAUACGACAAUGUCGUUUAGUUUGCUUGGCAUUUUAGGCAUAUUGCAAAACAAACAAUAUAAUAAAAAAGCACAAAAAAUACUCUUAAAACGAUAUUUAUUACUACACUAUUUUUUAAAAUAAAUUUAAUACUUGAAAUGAGCAUUUAAUUUUUUGAUUAUUAUAUUUUUCGCUCGUACCGUGAAAAUAAGAGAAGUGAUUCAGUAGAAAAUGGACGGUUAUAUAACAAUUAUCAAAUAUUGUAUACAUUCCUUUAAUUUCUGUUUAUUCUAUCAUCAGUUUAUUAUUACAUUGAUUGUCUUUUAUGGACUAGAUUGGGCCAAAAAUAUUUAUGUUCAUUAGAAAGAUACUCUGAAUUUUUUUUUUCGUUAUAACAAAAAAAAGGUGUGAAAGUUAAAGCAAUUAAUAUUUAUAUUGACAUACUUAUCACAAAGACAGAUAUGUUUUAACAAUAAUUUUAAACGAGAAUCUUAAUUCGUUGAUCUUGGACAUUUUGUUAAUACAUAUAAUUGAAAAUAAUCAAAUUUAUUUCAAAAAAACGUUAACGCAAAGAAAGAGCUGCAAAAUAGAAUGGAAAGUAGAGUAAUUAAAUAAAACAAUAUAAAUAAAUAAUAAAAAUAUCAAACACAAUACAAGAAAUGACUGUGCAAAAACGAAAACCGAUAAAGAAGAGAAUGAACAAGAUAAAGCAUUCAGAGAUAAUUAUAAGACCAGAUGAAAGACUUGAUGAAGAGGUAUCCAGUGAGGAAACAAGAUAAUAUCCAUAGUAUUUUUCGACAAAAAAAAUUGGUUGCAAAUCCUGGGUACUAAUCAACAAUUUGGAGUAGAAAAUAACGUGUGAAAAUGAUAUGGUGAAUGGAAAUAAACAAAAAAGAGCCAGACUCAGGAAGAAAAGAAAUACAGAAAUAGCAAACAACCUGGAAAAAAGAGAAUUAAACUGGAAACUGGCUAAACGGGAAGUAGAGAAUAGAACCAAAUGGAGUAGAUCUUUUAGUUUUUUUUUAUUAAAUCUACUCAUUUAUAUAUUCUAUAUUCGAUAGUAAGUAUCUAUAUAUGAACUCAUAUUUCUACGUUUCCAUCUUUAACACGUCUUCAUUUAGGUCUACCAACGAAGUCAAUUAACUAAAAACGACCAUGGAAGGGUCGUAUCACAUCAAUAGAAUGCAACUUCAGCAUCGAAUAACUUCUAAAGGGGUGAAUUCAAUGAAAAAUGUUAUGUAACCUCCCUUGCAGCCCAUAAAAUUUUCUUCGGAAGUUUGUAUUUUAGAUAUGUAAAUAUUAGUAGUUUUACUAGUUAUUUAAUGGUUAUUUUGUUAGUACAAUUCCCUUCAAGAACAUGUUUAGAAAAAUAUUUUAAAAAUUGUUAUGAUGAGUAUUAAAAAUAAAUAUUAAGGGCUUUCAUCUUAACCAUAAUUUUUAUUAUCAUUAAUUAAAUAAUCAGAAUACCAUAUAAAAGAAAUUCUUCAUGUUUUUAGCUGGUCUACAAUGGAUACAAUAUGAAUGAAUUAAAUUGUUUGGGGGGUUCUUUAGGCACUAAAAUACAGAUUUAAUUCAAAGUUCACAAAUUUCAAAAUCUAUUUUUUGAAAUGACAAAAUUACAUUGAAUCUUUUUAUUCUAGAAAAAAUGUAUACGUGUUUGAAUGAAAUCAAUUAUACCCAGUGAACCAUUUAUGAAUCACUGAUAAAUAUAAUAAAAUUGAAAUACUGAUAUCAAGUUGUAGAAUUAGAUAUAAUUUAGAUUUAAUUGUUACUAUUAUUAUGAAUAUAAUGGUUUUGACAUUUUCCAUUUGUUUCACAGUAUUGUUUCUGUAUCAUAUUUUAAAUCUAUAUACUUUUAUAUACAAA